AUGGCCUCCGGAGCACGUCUUCCCCUGCGAUCUAUAGCUUUUACUGCAGCACUGACUCUCAGCAUCACAGCCUCUCGAAUGAGCAUUCGAAAGGUCCUCCUGAACUCUUUCACAGGCCCCGGUAGCACCUCUCGAAUAAUAGCAACACUCUUCGUCCUUGCAAACCUCAAGAAUGUUCCAUUCGCAUGGCACGCAAUCUUCAACGCAAUCUUACGACACUGCCUCUUCAGCAAGCCGAACAUACCCUCCACGAUUGCGCCCUCCACUAUCUUCCUGCCAGUAAUCACGACAUCACACUCCCCAUUCAUGGAGUGCGACUACAAUCUCCACAAGUCUAAUAGCACGUACUUCUCCGACCUCGACGUAACACGCUCACAUCUCGUCUGCGCUUUGCUCGAACCUGGGAUCGAAGCGCUGAAGAACAACACAAGAACAAAGCUAGUCCUGGAUAAAGAAGGGAAACCUAUACCGGGAAGAUGGAGCAUCAUGCUCGGUGGCGUGAUGUCUACCUUCAAGCGGGAGAUUGGCAUGUACCAAGGCUAUGAGAUGUGGUCUCGAGUUCUGUGUUGGGAUCGGAAGUGGAUUUACGUUAUUACGCACUUCGUGAAGAAGGGGACGGUCAGGCCGAGGGCGUAUAUUUUGACUGAUGGGAGUUGGUUUAAAAGGGGAUAUAAGGAGGUGCAUGGGAAAGGGGGUGUUGAGGUGGAUGAGAAGGCUAUUUUUGCAAGUGCGAUUAGCAAAUAUGUUAUCAAGUUGGGGAGGUUGACUAUUCAUCCGGAAGUGUCGUUGGCUGCUUCCGGAUUAUUGCCUGCUAGACCUGGUGGAUGGGCGACGAUGACUGGGCCGUCUGGGGAGUCGACACCUGAGAUAUUAGAUGUGGAGAAGGAUGAGACAAUAGAGAGUCAGAACACGGAUAAAUGGGACUGGAAACGAAUAGACGCGCAGAAUCAGAAGGGGUUGAAGUUCGUUGACCACUUUGCAGCACUAGAUGGAUUGCACGACGAGUUCUCGGGAAGCCAGACGCCUGCUCUGGGCAAGUAUAGAGAUUUCCUUUGGUAG